GAAGCCCCGAGAGCAAGAUGGUUGUUGCUGUGAAGCCGAGAGUUGGAUGGAUUGGCACGGGCGUCAUGGGUGCCAGCAUGGUCGGCCACAUUUUGAAACACGGGUACGAGGUGACGGUGUUCAACCGUACGCUUUCUAAGUGCGAUGGCCUCAAGGAGCAGGGCGCGACUGUGGCCAGCUCGCCCGCCGAGGUGGCCAAGGUUUCCGACAUCGUGUUCGGUAUCGUGGGCUAUCCCAGCGACGUGCGUAAGGUGUUCCUCGACCCUGACUGGGGUGUGCUAUCCUCUAUCAAGUCGGGAGGCGUGAUCGUCGACAUGACCACAAGCGAGCCGUCCCUGGCGAAGGAAAUCUAUGAGGCAGCCAAGCAGAAAGAUGUUUCGAGUCUGGAUGCCCCCGUCUCAGGUGGAGACGUCGGCGCUCGCGAGGGAACACUCUCCAUCAUGGUUGGCGGUGAUGCCAACACUGUGAAGUCGACAAUGCCGCUGUUCGAAAUCAUGGGCAAGAACAUCCGUCACAUGGGCGGCGCUGGUGCUGGCCAACACACCAAAAUGGUGAACCAGAUUCUCAUCGCCACCAACAUGAUUGGUGUCGUUGAGGGUCUUCUAUAUGCACAGAAGAGCGGACUGGACGUGGAGGAGGCGAUCCGCGCUGUGAGCGCUGGUGCUGCCGGCUCCUGGUCGAUCAGCAACCUGGGGCCUCGAAUCGCUAAGCGUAACUUUGACCCUGGCUUUUUCGUGGAGCACUUUGUCAAGGACAUGGGGAUCGCACUGAAAGAGGCCGAAAGCAUGAACCUGUCGCUUCCAGGGCUCGCCCUCGCCAACCAGCUGUACGUGGCGGUCAAAGCCCAAGGUCACGGCCGCUUGGGAACGCACUCUUUGAUGCUCGCGCUGGAGCAACUGAAUGGCAUCGACUCCAAGUAAAGUCUUGGAUAUGUUGAAGUCGUUGUAGUGAAAAUUUAGCUAAUUACUUCGAAGUACAUGUUAAAAGUACAACAAUACUAGCUAAU